AAAGCACACUACUUACUCCACUGUUGACUAGGGUGCAUCCUCCACCUGAUCGCUACUCUGCAGCGCUUGAUAACACCUGAUAAACCUUGGUGGCGCUCUCAGCCGCCUGUGGAGACGCACGUUGAUGGCAGCCUAUAAACCCCAUCCGCUAUAAACAGAUCAGUUGGCACGGUCAGAUGCCAGCACCUUGCUCGCUUCAGCUUAACUUGUCUUCUCGUGAGCUCGUGGCAGCCUGCCACUGCGAAUCACGGUCCAGCGCGUUCGUUUUCGUCGCUAGCCAUGAGAAUUCGUAUGGGAAUGGUAUAUACGGCGACCAUGCUUCCAAAACAUGCUGAGACACCUUGGCUUCUGGUGUCCAUCUCUCCUUCUUCCUUGCUUGAGGUUCUGCGCUCUUGAAUCCACUCGACGAGCACUCAAGCCUACUCAAGCAGUCAAGACGCUUGAGGAGACGAAACAUCAAAGACAACGUUGGACAAGCGUAAACGAACCAUAUCAGCCAUGUCUCCUUCCUGGAUACGCAAAUGCCCACGACCAUUGCAGGAACACGUUGCCAUCUCACUCUGUAACCUGAUCAUCUACUUGUCCUCUUUCCUCCUCUUUCUCCUCGUCGGUCUCUCCCUGCCGAUCAUCAAGAGCAUCUACAUCAUCGAUGUCGCCGCAUAUCACUCGGUCGAUCCCAUCUCGGACGCCGCGACGGAGUUACGAUUCGGCGUGUGGGGAGCUUGUGCGUAUAGCCCACUGAACACAUCUCAGUGCAUCGGCCCGCAACUGGGGUACACUGUUCCAUCGUACAUUCUUACCGACGCCGGCAUAGCCACGAAGACCGCAGAUCUUGCGCUUGGCGGAUUGCUUGUUCUCCUCGUCCUGCACCUCGUCUGUGCAGCACUGUCAACUGUCGUCUUCGGUCUCUCGCUCUUCCUUCACGACCAUGACGUCGCCCUCGCUGCACUCAUCAUCGCUGCUGUAUGCGCGGCGCUCGGCACGGUCGUGUUCGCGGCCGAUCUUGCUAUCGUUUUGGUAGUAAAGUCCAAGAUCAACACGCUAUUCUCCGGAGCGACAUUCACGGUCAACUUUGGAAACGCGGUGUGGAUGAUCCUCGCCGCAGUGGUGGCCACGUGGAUUGCAGUGGGGUUACUGUCGGCUCGUGUGUGUUAUUGCUGUGGAGUUAGGAGGCCGGCAAAGACCGCUACGGACUCAGAGAAAUCAUCGGAGGUUCACUCGGAGUAGAGGGUUGCCUACUUGCAUACACGACAUUCAUGACUUCACGAUAAUCACGACUGCGAUGACGUUUGAGAAUUGUAGCUAUAUCUUGCUCACGCUUUCAGUGCCAGUGAGUCACGAAAACUGCCACCGACGCAUAUUAUUUUCUUGACUUUUCAUGCUGAAGGAAGUCCUUGAUUCCGACAGUGCCAGCGUCACUUUGUGCUGUGUACAUGGUGGUAAAUUUCGUGGACGUGCCGCCUUGUCGUUAGCCGCGCAAUAAUCGGCGUAUUGGCUAGAGUGCACGUUAUUGAUCUAUGAAGUCCUGGGGCUUCACGUUCUCAUUAUUAAAGGAAUGAACAUAGCCUUGCGCACGGUAACCUCUCCGGUGUACCGCCUACGUAGUCUUUCGAUAAUAAAAUUCAGUGCUCU